UCCUCCAACUCCUUCUCCGGCCCAUUCCCUUCCUCCCUCCCCUGCAACUCCCUCCGUUCCCUCUCCCUCUCCUCCAACCUCUUCUCCGGCCCAAUCCACCCCUCCCUCGCCCGCUGCUCCUUCCUUCUCCACCUCAACCUCUCCUCCAACCACCUCUCCGGCGACUUCUCCUUCAUCUUCUCCUCCCUCACCCGCCUUCGCAUUCUCGACCUCUCCUUCAAUUCUCUAUCCGGUCCUCUCCCUGUUUCCAUUGCCUCUCUCCACAACCUCAAGCUCCUCAACCUCUCUGGCAACCAGUUAUCCGGCCGCCUCCCUCCAUCUCUUGCUCUCCUUCCACAUCUCCUCUCCCUCGACCUCGCACACAACCAGUUCUCCGACGAGCUACCGAAAUGGAUUCCCUUCUUAACCGCCCUCCGCCGCAUUGACCUCUCCGGCAACCGCUUUUCUGCAACAAUUCCCACCAACCUAUCAGCUCUGCAAAACCUCAACUUUUUGGACCUCUCAUUCAACUCCCUUACCGGUGAUAUCCCUGCUUCGAUAGCCGACUGUUUGAAUCUUACGGAGCUCCGCCUCGGCGGCAAUGCGCUCACCGGAAACAUCCCGCCGGCGAUAUUUGGUCUGGGGCUUAUUGUUCUCGAUCUCGCCGGAAACAGAUUUAAUGGAACUAUCCCUCCUGGAUCGGCAAAGCUGGUGAAUGCGCUUCAGUCACUGAAUCUUUCUGGAAACCGGUUUGUCGGAGAAUUACCGCUGGAGAUGACGAAGUUCACUAAUCUUCAGUACCUUAAUCUCUCAGGGAACUAUCAGCUGCAUUCUAAGCUUCCCCCUGAGAUCGGGGAGUUCAAGAAUCUUUCGGUGCUCGAUCUACGCAGCUCUGGUUUCUAUGGCACGAUUCCUAGCAAUAUCUGCGGCUCCGGAAGUCUAACUAUUCUUCAAUUAGAUGCCAAUACCUUCUCCGGCAAAAUCCCCGAACAGAUUGGAAACUGCUCCAAUCUCCAUUUGCUGAGUUUAUCCCACAAUAAACUGACCGGAUCAAUUCCGGCCGCCAUGGCCGAGCUAAAGAAGCUCGAGAUUCUGAAUCUGGAGUUCAACUCUCUGAGCGGUGAAAUCCCACAACAGCUCGGCUCCCUCACUAAACUAGUUGCGGCAAACAUCUCCUACAACCACCUCGUCGGCCGGCUUCCUUCCUCCGGCAUCUUCCCCAGCCUGGAUCAGAGCUCCCUGCGCGGCAAUCUCGGCAUCUGCUCCCCUCUCGUAUCCGAACCUUGCGAGAUGGACGAAAUCCCCAAACCACUGGUUCUCGACCCAAACACCAUUAACAAGGGGAACGGAAACAAGCGAGGCCCCCGGACCGACGGCGAGACUGAAUCCCAACACCACCGCAUCCUCAGCCUCUCCGCCAUUAUAGCCAUCGCCGCAGCUUUCAUCAUCCUCGUCGGCGUCCUCCUCGUCACCCUCCUCAACAUCUCCGCGCGUAAACGGCUAGAGAACGCCCUCGAUACCAUUCGCUCCACCUCUUCCCGCUCCGGCAACAAAAUCGUAAAUUUCGGGCCAAAAAGCCCCGAGCUUUCCAACCUCGCCACCGAAUCUCUCUUAACCAAAGCCACAGAGAUCGGCCGCGGAACCAUUGGCGUCGUCUACCGCGCCGCCGGGCCAGUCGCCAUUCGCAAGUUCCACCCCAACUGCGCAUUACAGAAUCAAGACGAUUUCGACCGCGAGGUCCGCGCACUGGCUAAAGUCCGCCAUCCCAACCUCCUCGCUAUCAAAGGUUACUACUUUACCCCACAGAUUCAACUUCUCAUCACCGAAUUCGCCGCCGGUGGCAGCCUCUACAGCCGCCUUCACGGCGGCAGCUCGCCCCUCUCUUGGCCGGAGCGUUUCCACAUCGCGCUCUGUACAGCCCGAGCUUUAGCCCAUCUCCACCGCGCCUUACGGCCGCCGGUCAUCCACUACAACGUGAGGCCAAGCAAUAUCCUCCUCGACGCUAAUGGCGAAGCAAAGCUGGCUGAUUUCGGACUGAACCGGCUUCUGCGGCCUCGCCCUGAUCAGCCGGCCGUCGGGCAGAGCAUGAUUGGGUACACGGCACCGGAGCUGGCUUGCGGGAGCUUGAGAGUGAGUGAGAAAUGCGAUGUGUAUGGAUUUGGGGUGGUGCUAUUGGAACUCGUAACGGGGAGGAAGGCGGUGGAGUUUAGAGAAGAUGAAAUGGUAAUGUUAGUGGAUGAUGUCAUGACGGUGCUUGAAAGGGGAGAAGCAGAGGAAUGUGUGGAUAGGAGAAUGGGAGGGUUUUUGGAGGAUGAGGUGGUGCCCAUGUUGAAGCUGGGAUUGGUCUGCGCUUCGCAGAUUCCGUCGAGCAGGCCAACAAUGGCGGAGGUGGUGCAGAUUCUGGAGGUCAUUAAGGCUCCGGUGAUUGAGAGGAUGGCGACCUUCAACGGAUGAUGGGGACGACGAUGCUGUUGUUAUAUAAUUGUUAUUGUGUUGGUUUGAUAGGUAUUGUUUGAAUUGAAUCAGGGUGAAUGAUUCAGCUGUGCUUGCUGCGCUUGUAAACCUUUUGAUUUUGUGAGAUGAUGAAUAUAUAUGUCCAUGUUUUGACA